AAUAUAUUAUUUCUAUCAAAAAUGAUAUUAAAAUCUUUUUAAAAACAAUUAAAGUGAAAAUGGCUACUAAUUCUAUGAAAGAUAAUGUUCAAACUAAAUCACAAGAUUUACAAACUUUGGGUUGGACUAAACGCACACAAGGCGAUGGAAUGGAAAAUGUGAUGACUGAAAAAGUUGAAAUUAAACAAACAAAAUGCCGUCUUGGUGAAACAUUAAUUUAUCAUCCCACAAAUUUAAAGCAAUUAAGUUUAAUCCCUCCAGUUACACCAAAUGGUCCAAUAGUAAAUUUAAUACCAAGACAUGUUAGUAAUGUGAAAGAUGAGAAACAUAUUUUGAAUUCAUUAAAAUCAAAAGAACCAAAAUUCAUCCCUUAUGAACCUUAUAAAGCUGCAGUCAAUCCAAUCAUUCCAUAUGAAAAAAAGAAUAAAAAAUUACAAAGAAGUAAUUUAAAUGUGAACACAACUGUAUCUCAAGUUGCUGCAAUGAAACUUCAUGAAACAAAAAUACCAUGUAAUGAUGUAAAAACAUUGGAUGAUAAGUGUUUUGAAAGUGAAUGGUUGAAAGAAAAAAAAGAAUAUGAAACAGAAAUAAAAAAGCUAAAGGAGGAAAACAGUCAACUUGAAAAUCAAUUGAAAUUUCAAGCACAGGUUAAUGGAGAAUUAAAAAACUUGUUAGUAGCUGCAGUUGGGGAAGAUCUUGAAACCAAAGUUCAUUUAUUGACUGAAGACAAAUUACAUCUUGCUCGAGCACUUUUAAAUUCUGCUCAACAUCUUUCAACCCAUCAAGAACAAACAGAAUGGUUGGCUGGCCAAUGUGAAGUUUGGAGAAGUAAAUUCUUAGCCAGUAGCUUAAUGGUUGAAGAACUUGCAAAAUGGAAAGCAGCUCUUUGUCAAAGAACUACAGAUCUCCAAGAAUCAAUAAAGAGACUUCUAGAAGAUAGAAAUCUUGUAAGAGACAUAUCUCUUAAAACAUACAGAACACUUAGUAUUUUGCGUGAAAAUUUUGAUCCUGUUGGAACUGUUUCUCGUAAAAGACAUGAAUUACCAAGUACAAACAUAAUAGAUUUAGCACAAGGGUGUUAUCAACUUGCAGAAAUUCUAAAAGUUCAAUUAUUAAGCGGUGUAGAAAAUAUUAAUUUACAAAAAGAAAUUAAUAUAACUGGCUUAGAUAUGAAAACCUUUGCUGAAAAGACUGCAGAGCAACUCCUUAUGAGUCCAAAGUUACUCACAUCAGGAAGAGAUGUAGCUUGUAGUGCAGUGAUGGGAGCAGCUGUUGCAAUUGGUGGCCAAAUAUUUCUUCCACGAAGUGAUUCAAAUAUAACUUGUUGUCCUCAUUGUAGUGGUGAAAUUAAACAAAUUUAA